AUGAUAGAUAAAGGUAAGAAUGCUGAAGGCAGUGUUGUAGCUUCUGAAAGAUCAAUAGUUCCAUCAUUAGUAGUUGAAAAUCCUGUUCCUAUAUCUGCUAUAUCUGGUAUCUUCGAUGAAGAAGUAUUAAUUGAAGAUCUGGGUAAUGAUGAUGAUGAUGUGGAGGAUGAUAGUGAAGAGGAUGACGAUGAAGGAGAUGAUGACGAAGAGGAAGAUGAUGAUGAAAAGGUUUUCUCUGCAAGUAGUCAUGGUUCUGAUGAUGACAAUGAUGACGAUGACAAUCAGGGAGGUACUGGUGUUACUGUGACUGAAGCUUCAAGAGAACAAAAUGUUGAUGAUUUAAUGAAAGAUGAUGCAAAUGAAGUUUCAGAGGGAGCUGAUGGAGAGGGGGAGCAUGUUGAUGAUCAAAAUGUUGAUCAAAUUGAAAAGUUAAUUCUUCGAUUAGAGCCUCAUGUUGAAGAAGGUGAAUUCAGGCAUACUUACACAUUGAAUGAAAUCCUGAAGAUGUCUAAUGUAAAUGAAAAUGAAUUCAAGUUUGAUUUCGAAGAAGAACUGAAUGUGUUCGAUAUCAACCAUCAACCAGAGUAUGGGUACAAAUAUGUUGAAGAUGCAGAUGUGUAUGACAGGGUUGAGGUUGAAGACUGUUCCGAUGAGGAGAAUGUUUCUGAAGAUACUUCUAAAUUUCCAACACUGAUGGAGUUCUUCACUAAAGAAAAUAUAGAUGAACUAAGAAGGAAAGUAGCUAAGAUACUAAAAGAUAAGAAUUUUGAUGGUACUCCGAAAGAUCUUCAGAAAGAAGAAAGAAAGAAAUGGUUCAAAGAUAGUCAUGAAAGAAAGUUCAAGAGACCGUUGAAGUAUUAUCAAAGAGAUAGAAGCAUUUCACUUGGUGAUAUCAUUAGCUUGGGUUUUAUGCCUCAUGUUAAUGCAUAUGCCAUCAGAAGAGAGUGUGGAGUACAAUAUUUUGAACGCUUGCAUGAUAUUAUGUCCCAACCAUGGUAUCCUGUGAGGAAGAAUGAUGUAGCUAUGUGGGGAUACAUAAAGUUUGAAUCAUUGAAGAAUUUCAGACACUGGAAGCCUCAUUACCCGAAGAGAGUUCAAAGGGUAGAUCCAGUGACAGGAAUUGAAGAGACUAUCUUGAAUGUGAAAAAGCCGAAAGCGAUGAAAAACAUUCCAGUGCCCAAGAUGGAACAGGAGUUCUAUAAAGGUUUCAUGGGAUGGGUGUACAGUUGUAUAUCUACUGAGGCUGUGAUCACUUACCGAGCUGGGAAGGAAAUCAGAGAGAUUUUUGUCUACGACCCGAUGUGGUUGGUUAAUUGCUCAGCGAAAGAUAUAGAAUGUUUAUUUGUGAACAAGAUCCGCUUUCAAUCUGAAGAUAAAGAGCAGGCGAUGCAGUUCCAGAAACUCGUAACUAUUUGCUUUCAGAAAGGCAUAAAUUCUGAAAGUAAAUGGAAUUCAAAAUGGUGGUCGCUUGAAGAAAAAGAAAGGCAGAAAGCUGAAAAAGAACGAAAGAAGCUAGAGAAAAACAAAGGGAAAUGGAUGAAGAUACAGGCUGAAGAAGAAAAGACAAAGAAGAAAGAGAACGAUAGGCUGAGGAACUUGCUGAGAAAGAAGCCUAAGCGAAGAGAUGAAAGUUUUAAGUCACUGUGA